AUGGACAAGAUCACUGAGAGAGAAACCCGUGACUUCAUGAACGUUGAUUCUUUCUCUCAGCUUCCCUUUAUUCGCCCCGCGCCACCUUCUAAAGAAAAACCCAUUCGACUCUUUGGAAAAGAGUUCACCGACGCGCCUGAGUCUCACUCUACCCAAACAACAACCCUCAACAACAACAACAGUUCCGAGAACGAUACCAACAACAACAACAACGCGGAGAACAGUGAGAGUGGCCGUAGAUUCGAAUGCCAUUACUGUUGUAGAAACUUCCCAACUUCUCAAGCCUUAGGUGGCCACCAGAACGCACACAAACGAGAGCGACAACACGCGAAACGACACCUCCAGGUUCAAAGCACCCUCUCAGAUGCCAACAUAUACGGCUUCAUGAACUACAGGUUCGCUGCUGCUCCUUCAACGGCAAUGCCUUAUCCAACGUGGAACACCAACACUGGAAGGUUCUAUGGAAGCUCUUAUGAUUCCCAUCAACUACAAACCAUUAACGGAAGCCCCUUGGCCUUGUUGCGACUCCCCAAUGCCACUACAACUCCCAUAUUCAACGGUGAACGCUCCUUGUAUCCGUUGCCUUUGUUUGCUGGCGAGCAAAUGAAGAACGCGAGGGUUGUGGGGUCGUCGAGGGUGGGUGCUUCUGGUUCUCAAAACCGGUAUGUUUAUGACUCCAAACCCAGCGUGAAGGACCAUGUCAGUUUGGAUCUUCAUUUGUGACAUCAAAUUUACACACACACACACACAUAUUUCGAUAACAUAUUAUCCGCUUAUAUAGAGUAAUUUGGAGGUGGGAGCGGCCGGGAAUAAUAUAUAUAU